AUGACAGGUAUCGAUGGUAUCAACGAGGUUUUGCGUGAGUCCAAAGGUGCUCAUAUUUGUACAGAGAUGUUAGCACCAUGUUCCGUGCAGCUGGCUAGAAUGAUACAAAAGUCUGGUUGCGAUGUGCUGUGUAUCAUAGAUCGUCAAAUACCAUCUGAAUUAGUAGAACAAUUCAACGAGUUUCGUUCAUUCGACAAAGCUUUCGACUCUAUGGUCUCUUGCUUCAAGUCAUCAAAGCUGAACAUGCCUGUAGUCUAUGCGCCAGUACCCGAGUUGACCGACUAUCACGACAUACGCAUAUAUCAGCAAGCAGCAGCCAGUUCCAUGCAACGUGCCAUUAAGGCUGGCUUUAAAGCGCCGUUGUUGCUAGUGCCUGAAAGCCAAAAAUUCGUGAAUACCGAACUUUGUACGGUGUUAGGUGCUUUAGAAGAACUCUAUGUGCCAAUUCAACAACGAGAAAACCUUCCUAACAAAAAACAGUUAAUUUCAAAUUUGUCGGUGCUAAUAUCAAGUCCUAAAGCAGAUGAAAUUUUCAAGGAAGCGCUUAUACUGGAAUCAGGACGUUUUGUAGCGCGCGAUAUUGUUUUAAUUUCAGUUAAAUUCCUUAUUGGGACUCUACUGCUAUUAGCAGUAGCAUUGACGACGGUAACAGCUGAAGAGCAACCUGCACGCAUAGUUUGCUAUUUCAGUAACUGGGCUGUUUAUCGACCGGGUAUAGGUCGAUAUGGCAUCGAAGAUGUACCCGCUGAGUUGUGUACACAUCUGAUUUACUCAUUCAUUGGUGUGGAUGAGAAAACUUGGGAAGUUCUUGUUAUCGACCCCGAAUUAGAUGUUGAUCAAAAUGGUUUCCGAAAUUUUACGCAAUUGCGUCAAAAGCAUCCAAAUCUAAAACUUGAAAUUGCUGUCGGUGGCUGGGCCGAAGGUGGUAAAAAGUACUCACAAAUGUCAGCGGUACGUGAGAGACGCCAAAGUUUUAUACGCAGCGUGGUUGAUUUUAUGAAGAAGUAUGACUUCGAUGGUUUUGAUUUGGAUUGGGAAUAUCCUGGAGCCACAGAUCGUGGUGGUGCUUUCAGUGAUAAGGAUAAGUUUUUAUAUUUUGUACAAGAAUUAAGACGUGCUUUCGAUCGUGAAGGACGAGGUUGGGAAAUCACAAUGGCUGUACCAGUAGCUAAAUUUAGAUUACAAGAAGGUUAUCAUGUACCAGAAUUAUGCGAAUUACUUGAUGCUAUACAUGCCAUGACUUACGACUUGCGAGGCAAUUGGGCUGGCUUUGCUGAUGUACAUAGUCCAUUAUAUAAACGUAAACACGAUCAGUAUGCAUAUGAGAGACUCAAUGUGAAUGAUGGUUUAGCACUUUGGGAAGAUAUGGGCUGUCCAGCUAAUAAAUUAGUCGUAGGCAUACCAUUUUAUGGCCGCACCUACACAUUAAGUAAUUCAAAUAAAAACUACAACAUGGGCACAUACAUUAAUAAAGAGGCAGGUGGUGGUGCUCCCGGUCCUUACACAAACGCUAGUGGUUUCCUAGCUUAUUACGAAAUUUGUACAGAAGUAAAUGAUAAAGCAAAAGGCUGGACAGUUGAAUGGGAUGAUCAAGGUAUGGUACCAUAUACCUACAAAGAUACACAAUGGGUGGGAUAUGAGAAUGAAGUAUCGGUGCAAAUAAAAAUGGACUUCAUUAAGGAGAGAGGUUAUGCUGGCGCUAUGACAUGGGCUGUAGAUAUGGAUGAUUUCCAUGGUUUAUGCGGUCGUGAAAAUUCUCUUAUGCAUAUACUACAUGAUAAUAUGCGAAACUAUCGCGUACCAGAACCAACACGCGAAACAACACCUAGGCCUGAGUGGGCAAAGCCACCCGCAACACCGCCAAAUCCGGAUGAAGAAAAUCUGCCCAUUGCAUCCACCACGAAACGUCCGAUACCGAAACCACAACAAACAACAGUUCGGCCCACUGAAGCAACAACAACAACAAAAAAACCUGCAAAAGUUUCAAAGAAACCGAAACCAAAACCAAAACCAAAGCCUACAACAAGUACUAGUACAACUACAACAACAACAACCGAAGCAGCUCUGCAAAAAGAUCCAGAAAUUACACAACCGGAUCCAGAACAAAAUGAUGUCAACAUUGAUUGUACCAAUAGAGAUUAUGUACCUCAUCCAGAUUGUCAAAAGUAUUAUCGUUGCGUACAUGGCAAACCAGUCGAAUUUGAGUGUAAAGAAGGUACCGCUUUCCAUACAAUCCUCAAUGUUUGCGAUUGGAUUGAGAACAGCGAUCGUUACUAUUGCACCAGACUUAAGAAGAAAACUGUGGACAAUGAAACAAAAUAAUUUUAAGUUAAUUUAAAUAAUUUUAUCAUCAGAAAUGUAUUUAGUUUCUAAGGUUAAUAAA